GACAAACAAUACCUAGUGCAGCAUCACUGUCUGGUCACUCCUGUCUCCUCAUCCAACCAGACACAGAGAACCAACCGCCACCUUAGUCCUCUGUCGAGUUCAUCUUUAGAUUGACGACCCGGCUCAAGCACCAUGUCCUUUGCUUUCAUUGUCAUGAUGAUGCUUCUGGGCUCUUCAGUGGCGAAUGCAUUUGUCUUGCAGCCGUCCGAGGGAGAACCUGCGGUCUCUGCAAACUCUCCUGUUUCCCAUCAGAGGUGCCAGGUUGAGUCACUGAAGUCCAUCAGGAACCGUCUCCUCAGGGCCCUCAACCUGCAGGUUGAGCCCGACCUGCCAGCUGGUGGGCUGGACACUAUCAGAGAAAAAUGGAGGUUCACCAUCAGCAACAUGGCAUCCAGUAUCAAGGACACUGCACUUCCAGACGUCUCUGGCUACUCUGUGUCACCUGAUGGUAGAAACAAUACGAGCCUGACGUGCUGUGCCACGGCCUCUGAGAUCUUCAUGACGGAUCUGGGAUGGGACAACUGGGUGAUCCAUCCUGCCAGCCUCACCAUCAUUCAGUGUGCACUCUGCAACCCCGAAGGGAAGUCUGCCCGAUGUCCAUCAUCCCACAACAAUGUCCCGGAAACUGGCUCACAGGUGACAUGUUGUCAGCCCACCUCCCAGAAAAUGGUGCCUGUCGUCUACGUGGAUGAAUUCAGCGUCGUCACCAUUUCCUCCGUGCACCUGACCGACGACUGUGGCUGUGGACACGGCACCAUCCAGCAGCCGGCAUAGAGUAAAGUUUGUUUUUUUAUUAGUGUGUGACAUCUGUGUGGCACACACACACACAAAAAAACAUAAUAUGCAUUAUAUACAGACCUGUCAUCUCUCACAAACACUUUGAUAUUGUAGAUAUAGAAAAUUUCUUAAACUGUUACACUGUGUCUUCAACACUGAGCGUGGGAACAUUCUUGUUUCUCUUUUGGAACCAAACUGAUGAAAUAAGUUGCCAAUAUCUAAUAAAAAAAAAGGUAAGAAUAAAAAAAGUGCAUUUUUGUUGAUAAAUUCAAGUAUUUCUCUUGCACAAAGAGCUGGACAUGAAAUGAAAUGCAGUGAUGCGUGCUGCCACUUUAUCUUUAAAUACAUUUAAUGAGUACAUAGCUCCAUUUAAAACUCUUACUGAAUGUUCCCUCCAAAAAUGUGAGACUGUCCAGGGCCAAAUACUCGAACAGGCCAGCUGCCUCUUGUCUGAACUGUUUUCUCUUAUGUGCAAAAAGUCCAAAUUAAUCCCAAAAGGCAAACUGACGUCAAAUAAAAUACAUAAUUCUUUAAUUGUAACGGUAAAUUAAGUUUAUUUUAUGCAGUUUUCAGCAAAAAAUCAACUCCCUGCAACUUAGUAUCAGUCUCUCGUGAACAUGAACAACAUCUGUGCUGUGCUUUUCCACCAACCAAUGCUCCAUUUGAAUGUUUCGAGUAGUAGAAAAAGUAAAAGGGACAAUACUGCCCCCCAAAUGUAACUUUUAUAGUGGACAAACUGUUUAUUGAUGAUAUGAAAGACAUAAAAUAUCAAUAAAGAAACCUAGAAAAACGACAGGGCUUUCUUUUGAACAUACUUUGUAAUAUCACAUGUAUUGCUUUGCUUUGACCUGUAAAAUGAUUUGAAUAAAGAUCUAAUUAGAAACAUUAAAGCCUGGUAGAU